AUGACAGACUCACCUUCAAUAGUUACGGCUUCUAAGUGGUUAACACAAUCAUCAUCAAUACUGGUAGCCGCCGGAGCGGGUCUCUCUGCUUCGGCAAUCAGCAGAAAAUACAAUGUUGGCCUUGAUUAUACUUCAUCCGUAGCAUUCGACAGGCUCUAUCCACGCAUGCUGCAAGUAUCAACCAUGAGAUGCAUGUAUGAUGCUAUCGGUAAACAUGACUGGUCGCCAAAACUUAUGUGGGGCUACCUGUUUACACACGUUAAUCUUGCUCGUUACAAUUGGGGUGAAACAGAUGUUUAUCAAGAUCUAAAACGAAUCGUGCGCCACAUACCGGAUUCAUUUGUUGUGACAACAAAUGCUGAUGGGAUGUUUGAACAGAAUGGAUUUGAUAUGCAGCGAUUUUUGAGCACACAAGGAGAUUAUUCCCUGCUUCAAUGUUUAAAACCGUGUUCAUCUCAAGCGGUAUUCGAUGCUCGCGAGUAUAUGGAUCGAGCAUUGCCCUAUGUUGACCCAAAAACGUUUGAAGUUCCAUCAAAGUUCAUUCCUAAGUGUCCUCGAUGUGGCAGUGAUAUGUUUUACUGUGUAAGAGGUGGAGACUGGUUUCUGGAGUCAGCGUUUGACGAUCAACGUCGACGAUAUCGCGAUUUUCUGAAUCGGUCAGUGAACAAGGGACGAGGGGGGUUGCUUACGAUAGUCGAAAUUGGCGUCGGUUUCAAUACGCCAAGUGUAUUGAGAUGGCCGAUGGAAGAAUUGGUAACAAAUCACGAUAAUGUUCGACUUAUUCGAAUCAAUAUGCACGCACCAGAUGUGCCAACGAACGUGAGAAACAGAGCAGUUGCAUUUGGCGGAGACGCAGCGAGCAUUAUUCAACGUUUGAGCGAAAUAGUAUCAAACUCAAGCUAG